AUGUUAGUCUCGUUGUUGUGGUUUGAGAAAUCUCUCUAUGACCUUAUAAAGGGUCUAAGAAGUCAUAGAACUGCAGAGGAUGACUAUAUACAGAGUAGUUUACGAGAAUGUAGAGCAGAGGUCAAAUCACAAGACAUGGACAAGAAGGCCACUGCUCUUUUGAAACUGGUAUACUUGGAGAUGUUCGGAUACGACAUGUCUUGGGCCUCUUUUCACGUAUUAGAAGUCAUGUCAUCCUCGAAAUACCUUCUCAAGCGAGCUGGAUAUCUUGGAGCCGUACAGAGUUUCAGAACCGAUACCGAGAUCUUAAUGUUGGCUACAAACCUGCUGAAGAAGGAUUUGGCAUCCCCGGGCGUCCCAAACAUCUCGCUUCCUUUGAUAACUCUGCCAAAUAUCAUCACGCCUUCCCUUGCUAUGUCGUUGGUAUCAGAUGUAUUAUCUCGAAUAUCUCACACGCAUGCCGUUGUCCGUAAGAAAGCUAUUGUUUGUCUGUAUCGACUGGCCUUGGUUUAUCCGGAAGCGCUCAAUGUAGCCUGGCCAAAGAUAAAAGACCGACUUAUGGAUGAAGAUGAGGACAAUAGUGUGACCACAGCUGCCAUCAAUGUCGUGUGUGAACUUGGUUGGAGAAGGCCUCAUGAUUUACUUCCAUUGGCACCAAGAUUGUUUGAUCUGCUGGUGGAUGGAGGAAAUAAUUGGAUGGCAAUAAAAGUCAUCAAACUUUUUGCAACUUUGACACCUUUAGAACCCCGACUUGUCCGAAAGCUUCUUCGACCUCUGACAAAUAUUAUCAGAACUACCUCUGCAAUGUCUUUACUCUAUGAGUGUAUCAACGGCAUAAUACAGGGCGGGAUACUGGACGGUGACGGGGCUGUUGAUGAGACAACCGAGAUCGCGAGUUUGUGCGUUGGGAAACUUCGUGGCAUGAUAGUCACUGAUUCUGACCCCAAUCUGAAAUAUGUCGCACUGCUUUCGUUCAACCGAAUCGCAGGUUCAUACCCCAGGCUAGUCUCAAUGCACCAAGAUGUCAUACUGGGCUGUCUGGAAGAUGCGGAUGUUUCGAUUCGUUUACAGGCACUUGAUCUUGUAUCUCAAGUAGUGACCAGUGAGACACUUGUGCCAUUUGUCAACCAGCUAAUCAAUCAACUGGACGACGAACAUCAAGUGUUCUCUGAUGAAUAUGAGGCUGAUGAGGGAGACAUGUGCACGGAAAGUGGCAUGUCUCCCAAACAAUACUCAGUGCUUCACACAGGGUCUUCAUUCUUGCCGAAGGAUUACAGCAUUGAAGUUCUACAUCGGAUUCUUGAUAUCUGCUCCUAUAAGAACUACUCUAACCUUCUGGACUUCGAGUGGUACGUGGGUGUUUUGUUGCGACUGGUCAAACUCGUUCCCACAAGCAGUCGAGGAAAUUCCUGCUUCCCAUCUUGGCAAGGCCGCAAUCAAGGUAAUAUCGGACACCGGAUUGUUUCCGAAAUACGCAAUGUCUCUGUUCGUGUGAAAGAGGUUCGAUCAGAGGCGACCACAGCAGCGGAAUGUCUGAUCCUCACCAAAGAGGAUACAGUGUUCCCCGGGGUCACGGCAACGGGUGCCGAUGUUUUAGGGCCACUCGCAUGGGUUGUUGGGGAAUUUGCACAGCACCUUCGAUCACCCCGUGAGACACUUCUAUCAUUGAUGGAGAUAGCCAACACGCCAAAUUCAGCACAUGCGGUUCCACUUUCUAUACAAGCAAUCCUGAAAAUCUUCGUGAGGACUAUUCUCGCAGAAGAUGUACCGUGGGAUACGCAGGGGAGAGGAGAAGCUACAAUUUUAUUGACUCGCAUUACUAGAUUCCUCGAGGCUUUGACAGUUCACCCGGACUUGGAUGUGCAGGAGAGGGCCAUCGAAUUUCUGGAAGUCACACGCUUGGCCGUGGAUUCAAUCCAGUCGGAAAGCCACGCAGCAGAUGAGAUCCCUUUUCUGCUGUCUUCAAUCAUUCCCGGAAUGUUUCGUGGUUUAGAACUCAACCCGGUGGCUGCCAGCGCCCAGAGAAAGGUUCCUCUGCCGGACAAUCUUUCCCUCGAUGAAGCUUUCAAAAAAGAUUUACCCGGCCUCUUCAGUUCUCGCCAUAGUCGACCGAAGAAGCCUAGGAUCCAAUCAUUCACGGAAGAUUUCUAUUAUCUGCAAGGAACUCCGACGUCUGUCGAACAGUCUAGCCCCGGUGAUUUCGGCUAUGAGAUUUGUUCCAGCCCGUCAUAUCAGAACCAUACCAUGCGAGAUAUAGACGGGGUGGCCGCUUUGACACUGAAGAAGGCAGAGCGAAGGGAACAGUAUCGAGACGACCCAUUCUACAUCGAUAGCGAGAAUGGUGCAGGGAAUUUGAAUUCCAUCGGUCCGGAUGUACAUGGGGUAGAUCUUGAUUCUAUCCCGAUAGUGAACCUGGGCUUGGAAGAAACUGGGAACUAUCACAAGACCCCUGCAGGUCGCAGUAAUCCAAAAGCUCCUCGACGAAAAACAAAAAAAUAUGACAUUAUGUCUGAUGAAAUGAUUGGUCAAGAUGAUCCAACGGAUUUGGAAGACUUCAAUCAGACUCGCAAAGCUAGGUCAUCUUUACUUCAGGUUGACUCAAGUGGAUUGGGGCAGCUUCCCCUGGGAAAUGACAGGCGCUUUUCACCCUCUUCGCACGAUCCCACGCGGAUUGGAGAUGAUGCGGAAAUGGCGAAGGCAAUGCAAGAAGUGGAGCGAAUGCGUUUACAAAUGCAGAGAGCAUCAGAAAGGGUUCAUCUUGAGGGUUUCCCUGCGGAAGGGACUUUGGUCAAGAAAAAACGGGGGGGUUGAAAGGUCAUGAUUUUGCCGAGGCGUCCGGGAUCAUGAUAGCCAGAGUAAUGAUGAUAUUGCUAUCCAGGUUAGCAAACCUAACAGAAAAGGGCACAAGCCUAGAUCUGGUAAGAAGAAGAAGGAGAGAGCAAAAUCUCUUUUAGAACAGGAGGAGUAACUUUGGUGACACUUUCUGAAAGAUUUUGUGUUCUUUAUCUAUAUCAAGUGCUCUUCUUUUGUUUGAUUCUCUCCUUUUAUUGUCUGCUGCUAGCUACCUUACGGGGGACGGGUAGUAGCACUACUACCUAGUGGUGGUAGUAGUCCUUAUUAUCCUGUCCUAGCUUGCCUAACUAAUCAGCUGCCAUGCAGGGUUGAGCAGGUCGCAGCUCUGCUUGGAAAAACGUAUGGCCUGUAAAAAGAGAGACUAUCGUAGUACUUAUUUUCCGCCGAAGGGGG